AUGAUCUCCGCCCCUCUGAGUGAAACCUACGGUCGACGCUUCAUCUACGUAUUCGUGACCUCGAUCUUUAUACUGGGAUCUGGCUUCGCCCAGAACCUUGCGACACCCUUGAUCUACCGCCUCCUGGCCGGCAUCUUCUGCUCCUUCCCCUUGGCCGUGGGAGCGGGAACCAUUCUGGAUAUUUGGAGCAGCAAGCACAGUUCCACAGCCAUGGUGCUGCUGUUCCUCACCGCGUUUCUCGGCCUGGCACUCGGGUCGUUGGUGGGCGGCUAG